CUCCAUGGCUCUGCAGGGGCACUCCCACAGGCGGUGCUACAUUCACACCCGCCUUACAGUUCAUCUGUGCUCAGAUGCUGCUGUCAACUUAACUGGACUGCUGCUUAUGUCUCUGCAAGGGUCCUCACAUCCUAUCAAUGGUUGUCUUGAGGAUAAGAAAUGUGCACAAAAGGAAAUAUGCACUUAUCUGCCUGUGCAUUGUUGGCUUCAUCAUGUACAGAUGGCUCGGCAGGCCAGCAGGGGGACGGAGAAUGACCAGGAAGGUGGGCCUGAGUGCCAACUCGUCCCAGUUCACCCUGGAGGGGCAGCCCUUCCACAUCCUCGGGGGAUCCGUCCAUUAUUUCCGUGUGCCCAGGGCCUACUGGAGGGACCGCCUGUUGAAAAUGAAGGCCUGUGGCAUCAACACUCUCACUACGUAUGUGCCGUGGAGUCUGCACCAGCCAGAGAGAGGCGUUUUCAACUUCCACACGCAGCUGGAUUUAGAAGCAUAUAUCAAUCUUGCUGCUGACUUGGGGUUGUGGGUGAUUCUACGUCCAGGGCCCUACAUUUCCUCUGAGCUGGACCUAGGAGGACUUCCAAGCUGGCUCCUCAGCGAUGGCAGCAUGAGACUGAGGACGACUUAUCCAGGCUUUACUCAGGCUGUCGACACUUUUUUUGACAAACUUAUACCAAAAGUGGUUCCACUGCAGUUCAAGAAAGGAGGUCCCAUUAUCGCUGUGCAGGUCGAAAACGAGUAUGGAUCCUUUGCGAAGGAUGAAAGUUACAUGCUUUUCAUUAAAGAGGCUCUACAAUCCAGAGGGAUCAGUGAGCUCCUGUUCACAUCGGACAACCACAACACAUUAAAGUCGGGAGGUGUGGAAGGAGCCAUCAGAUCAUUGAAGCUACAGAAGCUGAAUCAGAGAGACAUCCAGGAUCUGAAUGCUAUCCAGCCUAACGGCCCCACCAUGGUGAUGGACUACUGGACUGGCUGGUACGAUGUGUGGGGUGACCUCCACCAUGUGCUUCCCCCAGAGGAUAUGGUGUCCACUGUGAGAGAAAUUCUGAGGCGAGGCAUGUCUGUCAACCUCUACAUGUUCCAUGGAGGCUCCAGUUUUGGUUUCAUGAGUGGAGCACUCCAGGAUCCUUCUUACAAAGCACUGGUCCCCAGCUAUGAUUAUGAUGCGCCCUUGUCUGAAGCCGGGGAGUACACUCCAAAGUACCAUCUCCUUAGGGACUUACUUUCUCGAUACAACAGAGGAGACAGUUUUUCUGACAUGCCAGUGCUACAUUACAGGGAGGCUUAUGAACCAGCCAUCAUGUACCAGCACAUGUCCUUAUGGGAUGCUUUGAGCUUCACUGAGGGACCAUUUAAGUCACUCAAACCCAUAAAUAUGGAGAAUCUACCUGUGAACAACAAGAAUGGCCAGUCCUACGGAUACACACUGUAUGAGACCACCAUCACCAGUGGAGGAUUAUUGAAGUCUGGAGACAAUGUCCGAGACCGUGCCCUGGUGUUUGUAGACAGAAGUUUCAUUGGCCUUUUCAAGCGCCAAAGCCUGGAGCUGGCGGUUCCUGAUGGUAAGGGACGGCGUACCUUAAGUUUAUUGGUGGAAAACUGUGGACGAGUUCACCAGGGAAGGGACCUUGACAAACAACAUAAAGGCCUCGUGGGAGACAUUUUAUUAAACAAUAUCUCCUUGCGGGAUUUUACAAUAUACAGCCUGGAUAUGAAACCCAGCUUCAUUGAUAGUCUUUAUCGGGCACCUUGGAAAACUCUCCCUGAAACUCCCAGCUUCCCUGGAUUCUUCAUGGGGCGGCUGUUCGCGUACGGGUAUCCAAGUGACACAUUUGUGAAGCUGCCAGGCUGGGAGAAAGGUGUUGUAUUUGUCAAUGGGCUGAAUCUGGGCCGCUACUGGUCAAUUGGCCCCCAGCAGACUCUCUACCUCCCUGGUCCCUUUCUCAACAGUGGAAUCAAUCAGGUCAUUGUCUUUGAGGAGCAGGAGGGGGACUACAAGGUCCACUUUGAGGAUACGCCUGAUCUUGGAAUGACAGCAGACAUCCAAUGAUUGCCAUCACCGCCUGCAUGGGCAUUGUUUUUUGUAUAAGAAUAAGAAGAUUUACAGUGCUUGUUACAUGACUUGUUCAAACUCUCAAAUUCAGGGAUAUCAAUGUUGUUAAUAGCAUGGUCCUUGUCUAAUUUAAUACCUUCAAAUAUACAGAUGUAUACACUGAUCAAUAUGAAAAACAGAGAGAGGCAUAUUUGUAUGGGAGCAGUUUAUAGCUAUGUACAUACAGUACCUUUAGUUACAGUGAUUCUUUACACAUAGAACAGAAUUACCAAAUAUGUCCUCUUACCCAUGGAGUCUCAGUUAAAGAGUAAUCAUUUCUGUUUGUGGCAGUUAUAUUUCAAAUUGUUGUUAGGUUUGUAUUGCUUGUGAGAAUCAUCUGCAGAAUGCUGUUACUUAAAUGGACACAUCUUAGCCUGUACAACAGAACAAAAAACAGGCUUAUGGGACAAUCUGAGCGGAGGCAGGGGUGAUUCAAAGGAAACACAAGCCGCAUUGUAUCAACAUCAGACACUUAUCUUGAAGGCUUCAGAUGCCUGUCACACUGAUAACAGACCAAACUUUGAAUAGUCACAGAGUCUGAGAAACAUUAGCAUUUGUAAGCAGUGCCACUGCAGGUCAAUGGGGUAUGAAAUCACCACUUGCAAGCCAGCCAUCCAUGGUGGGAAUAAUUAGAUUGUGUAAUACAGCCAUUUGAAAGGAUGCACAUCCAAUUUUGAGAGUAAUGGCCUCAUAUCCCAUUGACUCUCACAAGCAAAGCUUACAACUAACAAGUGAAUGGUACCAGUUAGUCUGAAACAAUAAAUAAUUCUGCUGAGAAACCGUCAGUUUACUCGAUGGGAUCUUAAUUAGCUUAUGAAGAAGCCUGUGAAGUGGACAAGCCCCUGGGAAUACUGAAUCUUCUCUUAAAUAUGAGUAUACCUCAGUAUUGUUACAGCAUAUCAGGAAUAAACAAGAGCUUAGAGCAUAUGACUCUGAGAGAGGACAUUGCUGUUACACUGUAAUAAAUCAUUGCUCUGUU